AUGGACGACAUCGCGCCAGAUGACCGCGAUGGCGGGCGCUCCACGUCAGAGGGCGACGGCGACAGCGAGCCCGAGGUCCCCGCGGACCUCAUGGUCGUUUCGCGCGCACGGAGAGCAAAUGCGGGCAAUCGCAUGUCCACGCUCUUGGCCACGUCGGCGCAGGAGGACGAGUGGGGAGAGGAUUGGGAAGAGGUGGCCAACGAGGAAGAGUUUGUGGGCGACGACGCCAACGAGCACGAGGACUACAACCUGGAUUCUUCUUCAUCCGAGGAUGAGGACCAGGGCGACGAUGAUGAGACAGGGGAAAAGGAGCUGCGCAAGGCAGAACGUCAAGAGCGGACCAAGAAACGCAAGACAGCUGCCAAUCCGUUUGCCGCACGUCUGGCCGCCGCCUCACGCAAGCGCGUCAAGCUAGACGUACCGUCUGCCUCGACCCAUUCCUCGCCAGCUGCCCCGGCGCGCCCCAAGAAGAAGUCGGAGAGAGCGUCGUGGAUCCCCACUGACGAAGAUGGACCCACACGAACAUCAUCGAGGAAGCAAACAAUGGCAAACAAGGAGCACACGCUGGCGAAACUGAAGGAGAAGGAUCAACGCCGCGAUGAGACACUGGCCAUGAUGAAGGCAGCAGAGGCGCGCAAAGCGAAGGACGAACCCAAGCCUCUGACCCAGGCUGAACGUCUGGCUGAAGCUGCCCGAGUAGAGCGAAUCAAUAAGAAGACACUGCAUCGCUGGGAAGAGGCUGAAGAGCAACGAGCCGCCGAAAGGCAGGCCAAAAUCGAUGCCCUAAAAAACAGGCAGAUCGAUGGUCCGUUCAUCCGCUUCUAUAGUGGACCUGCGAUCUGGGUUGACGAUAAAAUAAAAUUCACGGGGAAGGAUGCCCCCAAGCUCAAAGACCUGGAGGAGAAAUUGAACAAAGAGACAGCCGUUGGGACAUUGGAGGACCACUCUGCACCUGACCUCCACACUGAUGAGCAGACAACCAUGUCCGUUGAUCAGCCACAGACUUCUCUCAAUGGACCCAUCAUGCCGACGUCACAGUCACUAGGUCUUAAUUCGCAACUUUUGUCAACACCAGCGUCCCAAGCACCCACUCAAGAUAUUACAAUAUCACAAGGACUUCCCUUUGCAAACAAUGUCAUGUUCGCUCCACCCUCGAAUCCUGACUCGUUCCUCUUGGAAACCCCGCCUCCACCCCCGCCCCCACGCCGCAAGCUCAUACAGCGAGCCCUCCGCAACCUCCUCAUUCUCUCCUCCUUUCCCAAUCUCGACGCCGCUGCAGCUCCAACCCGCGCCCGUUCUACCGCCUCUCUCCUCAAAGAGAAAGACAAAGCAGCGUUGGUGCAGCUAUCCACCGCAGUCUUCAACUGGUCUGUACCAGAUGCAACGGCCUUCGUCACGGCUAUGCUCAACGCGCCGAAAACGAAGAAGGAGAAAGAAGCGCUUGCCAAACCGAAGAAGGAGCUGUGUGCGGUCAGCAAUAAGGAGGCGAAGUAUCGCGAUCCGGAGACGGGGAUUGCGUAUCGGGAUAGCAGGGCGUUUGGGGUUUUGAGAGCGAAGCCUAUGGAGAGCAGGGGCAAGGGUUUCUUGGGUAUGGCGCCUGCGGCUGGUGUGCCGAAGAGGUUUUUGGAGAUGGAGAAGAAGGCGCCUGAGGCUCCGGCUGUGCAAGCUGUGGGUGAUCCGAAGCCGGUGGAGACUGUACUGGGUGAGAAGGUCACUACUGGUAAUGCGUCAGAGAGGUGUGAGGGCCCCGCUACGGAAGUCAAGGCCGAAGAGACUGCUACGGCUGCAUGA